AUGUCCAACCACGUUGGUACUGUUGACCUCAGCCUCAUUGAGGCUCCAGUCACCUGGCGCGCCUACAUGAUCUGUGGCUUUGCAAGCUUCGGAGGCAUCCUUUAUGGCUAUGACUCUGGCUACAUCAGUGGUGUCCUUGGCAUGGACUAUGUCAAGGAGCACUUUGGGCACCACGUUCCCAAGAGUGAUGAUUCCCCUACCGGUUUUGAGAUUGCGACUUCGCGCAAGUCUCUCAUUACCUCUAUCCUGUCUGCUGGUACCUUCUUCGGUGCAAUCCUUGGUGGUGCCGUGGCUGAGAUGAUUGGUCGUCGCCUGGCUAUCAUGCUAUCCUGCUUGAUCUUUUCCGUUGGAGUUGCGGUUCAGGUUGCUACCACCUCCGUUGGUGGUCUUGUGGCUGGUCGUCUGGUUGCUGGUCUUGGAGUUGGUGGUGUCUCCUCUGUUGUCAUUUUGUAUGUCUCCGAGAUCAGUCCCCGACGUGUCCGUGGUUUGCUUGUUUCCAUGUAUCAAUGGGCGAUUACAAUCGGUUUGCUCGUGGCCUCCGGCGUUGAUCAAGCCUGCAAGAACCGAACCGACUCGACCUCUUACCGCAUCCCCAUUGCUCUUCAGUUCAUCUGGGCCAUCAUCCUUGCCGCUGGUCUUUUCUUUUUGCCUGAGUCCCCUCGAUACUAUGUCCGUCGUGGCCGAACCGAGGACGCUCUGCGCUCUCUUUCUCGGGUCCGUGGCCAGUCUCUAACCCACCCAGCUAUCCAGGCCGAGCUCGCGGAAAUCCAGGCCAACUAUGAUUACGAGAAGAGGAUUGCCAGCACUUCCUGGGCUGAUUGCUUCAAGGGUGGUAUGUCGCCUCGCGGCAACCUUCGUCGCGUUAUUGCCGGCACUGCCUUGCAGAUGUUCCAGCAGUGGACUGGGAUCAACUUCAUUUUCUACUAUGGAACCACCUUCUUCCAGCAGGUCGGCUUGCAGAACCCGUUCCUGAUUUCGACUAUUACAAACGUUGUCAACGUUGUCACCACCCCUGCCUCAUUCUACAUGGUUGAGAAGUACGGACGUCGUACUCUACUGAUUUGGGGUGCCGUUGUUAUGUGCAUUUGCGAGUACAUCAUCGCAAUCGUUGGUGUUGCUUCUCCUGACGGACACGCAGCAAACACCUGUCUCAUUGUGUUUGUCUGCUUCUACAUAGCCGCGUUUGCCACCACCUGGGGCCCUGCAGCUUGGGUCGUCAUCGGCGAAAUCUAUCCCCUUCCCAUCCGAGCCAAGGGUGUUGCCCUCGCUACAGCUUCGAACUGGUUGUGGAACUGUGUCAUCGCCGUCAUCACUCCCUAUUUGGUUGACAAGGAAUACGGCAACUUGAAGUCAAAAGUCUUCUUUGUCUGGGGUAGCGCACUCUUCCUCUGUCUUUUGUUUGCCUUCUUAGUCAUUCCUGAGACCAAGGGUCUUACUCUGGAGCAGGUAGACAAGAUGCUAGAGGAGUCUAGCCCUCGCACCAGUGCCAAGUGGCGCCCCCAUGAUACUUUCGCUCACGAGAUGGCCAGCGAGCAGUUCGGUCCCGGCAUUGAAGAGCAGAAGUCGACUGCCCUUCACUCUGAUCAGACUGUUCACGAGGGACCUCUAGAGCGCCGCCGUCUUAACGAAUGCUAA